CGCUACGCAGGCGCACUGCGGCCAGGCGCCGGGCAAAGCGGAGGGCAGGAGCCCGGCCGGCGGGUGCGCGCUCCAGGGCGCGCGGGGAGCGAGGCGCGCGCCAUGGAACAGCGGUUAGCCGAGUUCCGAGAGGCCAGGAAACGGGCCGGGCUGGCGGCCGAACCCAACACUUCGAGCCGGAGUGCACAAACCUCAGGGAAGAAGGCGGAAGCAGCUGCGACUCCAAAGGCAGCUCCAGGCUGGCUAAAACGGUUCCUGGUGUGGAAACCGAGGCCCGCGAAUAUCCGGGCCCAGCCCAGCCUCGCUCAGGAAGUGGCUCAGCCGGGGAGCAGCACGUCACAGCCACCACGGAACACAGCCAUUCCUCUGCCUUCACCACAGGACCAGUCUUUCCUGAUCAACAUCACCUUCUUGAAGGUUCUUCUCUGGUUGGUCUUGCUGGGAUUGUUUGUGGAACUGGAAUUUGGCCUGGCCUAUUUUGUCCUCUCCUUGUUCUACUGGAUGUAUGUCGGGACACGAGGCCCCGAGGAGAGGAAAGAGGGAGAGAAGAGCGCCUACUCGGUGUUCAACCCAGGCUGCGAAGCCAUCCAGGGCACCCUGACAGCAGAACAGUUGGAACGCGAGUUACAGUUUAGACCCCUCGAGGGGAGAUAGGCCCUGCUCUCUUGCAGCUAGCCUCCCACAUGGCUCCCUCAUAGCCUCUGGACAUGGGCUCGUGGGUUUGAUUUCAAGUGCCCAAGACCUUAUAAGAGCAGCUUGCAGGUUAGUUCUGUGGCUGUGAACUUCUGCAUUCUUUCCCCAAUCUUCUGCUGCGGUUUUAUCAUUGAACUUCUCUUUGGUUUUGGUGAAACCCCUUGAAUGACACUCAGUGUGGAUAUGAUGCCCUUUAUAAAAAGUACAUACUCAAAAAAGAGAGCUGUUUGUCUCAUUAUUUGAGAGAGGCACUUGUAAAGCAGUAGAAAGGGAUUGGGGAGAUAACUUUAAAACACCCAGCUGUUUGAAGGAAUGGUGUGUUAAAAUAAAUGUUCUCUUUAAGUCUUUUCGUAUAUGCUAUAAAGCAUUUUUUCCCCCCUGAAAAAUUUAAGUUGCAAGUUUUUGUUUUUUGGGUUUUUUUGUUGCUGUUGAUGAUGUUUGUUUUUUCAUUGUUUUUUGGUUUUUGUUUUGUGUUUUCUGCUUUAAAUCUUGCUUUUUUUUUUUUUUCAGUCAUUAAUGGUAAUGAAAAAUAAAACAGCUUCAAAAUACUUGCUUUUCAGAAACAGAUCCCCAUUGCCCAUCACCAUCUUCCAUUCUCCUCAGUUAUUCUGCUCCCACUUAAUGAAGGAAGAUUAAGAGAAGACAGAGUCCUAAGUGACAGGUUACCUUAGGUUAUACAUCUGCUCGCUUGCCUGGGCCUAUCAGGGCCGUGUUCACAGCAGCCUAUCAGAUGUGCACAUCGCUGUCACGUGGGAAAAAAGGCUGAGAACCUGAGGACCAGCAACAAAGCAGAGUUCAGGCAGGCACACUGGAGUGAACUGGUGAGAAAGAAGUCUUAUAAAUGAUGUCUGCACUCCUAACCCUUUGGCACGUGUCUUUCAUUUGGUGAUUGGUUGGCUAUUUAUUGGUUUUAUCCUAAAAGGCCCUAAGUGAUCUGGCUCCUUCUUGCCUUUCCCAGUUAUAUUCACUUCCUUCAUGUUCAUCAUACACAAGGGUUUAGCAAAAAUGGUUUGGCCUUGCUCUGUACGGGGCCAGACAGAAAAACUUUUGUUGAUCAUACUGUCUCUGCCACAACGACUCAGCUUGGCUAUUAUAGAGCCAAAGCAGCCAUAUGUGACAAUAUGUGAACAGAUGAGAAUGCCAGUAAAACUUUGUUUAUAAAACCAGGCAGUGAGCCGUAGUUUGCUGACCCCUCCUCGAACACACACAAUAAGCUUCUGCUUCAGGGUCUUUGCACUAGCUGUUCCUUUGCUUAGAACUCACUUCCCUUAGAUGAUCCUGGGACUUUUUUCCCUUGCUCCGGUCAGAUCUUUCUGCUAUCACAUCAUCCAAAAGACCUUCCCUGUCCCUCUCCCACCCCCUCCCCAACCCCCAAGUACAAGAUAGCACCACUCC